UUUGACAAAGACAAAUGUAAAAAAAGAGUACAUUUAUUUAUUGUGUACAUGAAGAAUUGCUCAAGGCAUUUUCCCAAAUUCAACUGGGGAUUUGCUUAGGAAGGACACAUGGAACCGUCAGAGAGGUCGGAAGUCCUACUCUCCGAUGGCGGUCUCCAAAAUCAGCACACUGAACAUCUGAAGUACGCUCACGCUGGCCCUGAAGAAGGCGGCGAUGCCGAGAAUCAGAAUGAAGAGCUUCUAACGGCGUCGUUUCGCAAGGACGACAUGCUGAAAGCCCUGGAAGUCAUGGAGAGGGACUCGAUGGCCAUUGCUCAGAGCUUCACUAGUCUCUUCGCCUCCCUUCGGACCACCCUCUCGGAGGUUACAAGCAAUUCAGUUGAUCAUAUGAAUUGUUUUAGUGAUGCAGCUGGUCGUCUUCAAGAAUGUGCUCUUGAUGCAGCAACCAAGGGGAACCACUAUAUUAAUUCUAGCCUCAGGUUAAACGAGGAAAUGAAAGGCAUUGAAAAUCUUGCCUCACAGCUCAAAACCCUUCGCAGAAAUGUAGAUGCCCUAGACACGGCUGUGGACAGGCUCACUCGUUUCCCAUGAUUCUAUUUGGUUUUGCAGUAGCCACAAAUAUCCUAUUUUCCUUGUCUUGUUAAAUAUUUAUUGGUGAGAUGAAUUCUUAUUUCAUAUAUUCAUUUUCUUUAUAUUUUCGAAAUACUUUUAUUUUUAUUUUAUAAGCAUGUAUUCCUCUGCCCUAGUUUGAAAGUCUUAGGAAUGUUUGACACAAUUAAAACACUUUUAUGAGCUCUUUAGUAAACAUUUUGAAAACAUUUUAAAAGAAA